GGGCAAGUAGGUAGCUGUGCAGUAUGCGCAUGCGUAAUCGGAAAUUAGAUUCCGGAAUUCCACGGCGGAUUAUGAAGGUGUGUCGUAGAGUCAGCCAUUCUGUCGUCCAACGAAGUGAUGAGGACUGUGCCGGGGAGGGGACGGUGGAGCUGGUGGGACUAGAGGGAGUGGAGCAUGCUGGGAUAGUGAGAGUGUGUCGAGGUGGAGUCUGGGGAACCGUGUGUGCUGAAGUUUUCACUCCGUGGAGUCAGAAAAAUAGCCAGGUGGCCUGCAGGAGAGCCGGAUUUGCCGGAGCUGUCAACCCAAUCCUCCAAUUAACUAUGCCAGCAUCAGCUCGACUCCUGGUAUUGGGUGAUCCAAUCCACUACCGCAGACUCAGUUGUAAUGGAACUGAGAACACUCUCACUGCCUGCUCACUAUCGACCAGUACAUUCGCCUGUAUUCAUGACUAUGAUGCUGCCGUCACAUGCAAACCUUACUCUAGCAGUGCGGCUAGAGCUGGAGAUGUUAGGUUGCUAGGCGACACUGAUGACGGGAAAGGGGCCGUGGAGUAUUAUGAUAUGUUUCUCGGGUGGACCGGAGUGUGUGUUGACUCAUUCCACUCCAGCGACUGGCUGGUUAACUAUGCAGCAGCUAGUAUCGUAUGUCAACAACUUGGAUAUGAACGAGGAACACCCAUCAUCCAACAAGGUAUAUCUACUGUGGCAAUGGAGAGGAGAGUGGCGGGUAAUCUCGGGUGCGUCCUUGGUCAGGAUUUUAAUCUCGACUCUUGCACAGUGGGGCGUGUAACUUGUGACAUCAGCUCUGACCUACCUGCAGGGGGCGUGAUCUGCUCCACAACCAGUGAUGAAGAUGGUAGUGUGCGGCUGGUAGGAGGAGACGGGAGAUGUGGUGUGGUAGAGGUGGCCUACAAUGGACGCUGGGGUACCAUCUGUGAUGACGGAGAGUGGGACAUCGACGAUGCUUCCAUCGUCUGCAACCAACUUGGAUAUCCCGGACCUACUGCCAGCAUAUCUGACCAAUAUCCUGAAUAUUACAGUCAGUUCAACAAACCCACCUGGCUUGGUGGGGUGGAGUGCGAUGACACCGAUCUGGAAAUCGACAGAUGUCCCAGCUCCCCUCCCAUUGGCUAUUCCACCACUUGCUCUGGAAAUGACACCAGCCGUGCAGAGGUUGAAUGUUCCCAGGACCCUCCUCCCCCUGAUGAUGGGGGACUAAGUGGAGGGGCGAUUGCCGGGAUUGUCAUUGGCUCCAUCGUGGGGCUGGGGCUUAUCGCCUACUUCAUCCACUGGUGUGGGGAGGCCGAAAAGAAGAAGAAAGCUGCAGCUGCUGCCGAGGCCAGUCGGAGUCACGGCGAGGCUGUCGCAGCUCAGCAGAGGAGAGAUAGAGAGGUUCAGCAGCGAAGAGACGAGGCUGCAGCACAGCGAGCUCUGGCCUCAGCUCAGCAACCACCAGCCCCAGCUGAUAGUCAGCUGGAAGGGACAGAAGAAACAGCAUUUCAAGAUGCUGAGCUGGUCACUGCACCUCCUCCAUCAUACCAGACUGCAGUUGCCUUCCCUGUGCCUGUUCCACCUCCUAAUUACAGCUUAGAGAAGUCAGGGGCUUACCCAUCCCAAAACUUUCCCUAUCCCCCAGCAACAAGCUCUGGAUUUGAGGCCUACCCUCCUCCAUCUGCACCCUGUCUGGCUGACUAUCCUGCACCACCAGUGGGCUUCAAUCCGGCAUACCCCCCUCCCAUCUGCACUGGGUCCGUAAGGCUGGAGGGACUACUAGUGGCGGGAGCUGGGCGGGUGGAGCUGUGUCUGAACGGAGAGUGGGGCACCGUGUGCUCCAUGAGCGAGCAGUGGGGACUCAAGAACGCUCAGGUCGCCUGCCGGAGCCUCGGCUACUACGCCGCAGUCACAGCUAUUCCCCAAGAAAGUCUGACAGUGUCACUCCGAGCAGCCCCGUCAGUCCCAAUCCAUCUGUCUGGUGUACAGUGCAAUGGAACAGAGUCAAGUCUCACUGAGUGCUUCCACUCCACUGACGUCUCAGAUUGCUCCGUCUCUCACUUCAACGACGUCGUGGUGGUCUGCGCCGCAGCUGGAACAACACCAUCAUUAUUGACACCCGUUGCUGGGGAUGUUAGGUUGCUAGGUGACCCGGCAGACUACCGGGGUGCAGUGGAAUACUAUGAUGUCAUUCUGGGGUGGACCGGGAUAUGUGCCGACUCCAGUUACUCCGCAGCGUGGAUGGGCUCCCGAGCAGCUCAGAUUGUCUGCACUCAGCUGGGGUUUGAAGGAGGAACACCUUUUGUACAGAGUGCUCCAUCCCUGGUCGAACUAGGAGUUGGUAGGAUAGACUGCAGUGGGUCUGCGUUCACCCUCGCCGACUGCCAGAGAGAGGCUGUGGUGUUCUCCCAAGGCUCAUGUGGCUCUCAUGACGCCGGCUGGGUCGAGUGCCAGCAGACCGGGCUGGGGGAUUUCUCGGUGAGGUUGCUACCAGGGACUCGUGAGGGGGUAGUUGAGGUGUCCAUCAAUGGAAGGUGGGGGACGGUGUGCGACAAUUCGUGGCAGCAGUCGGAUGCCGAGGUGGUGUGCGAUCAGUUGGGACUCGACUCGGAAAGUGUUCCCUCUACCAUCCCCAGUACAAGUUAUGUGCAGUAUGUGAGUCGUUUGAAGCCGUUCUGGUUGAGCAGUGUGGCGUGUAACGACGACAGUGGUCUUCAGGACUGCUCGAAGAGUUUUCUCAUUGGCUACUCUCAGUUCUGCAGUCUCACCUCAAGUAUCUUUGACAGUGCUGAAGUCAACUGUGGUCCCCCAGUUCCUGAUCGACUGAGUGGUGGUGAGAUAGCUGGGAUCGUGCUGGCCGUCCUGACUGUAGUCGGUGCCCUUGUACUUGGAUUCAUCUACAUCCCCGAUAGGUGGAAGAGACGACACUCGUAUUCGUGGUACAGGAAACUGACCACGCCCAGUCGCUGGUGUGAGUAUAUAGGGGCGUGGUGUCGGAGACACACCCCCAGACGACCACGAGUACGACGUCAUGUGACUCCUACCCCACCCACACCCACAACGACCAAUGAGAAUGGAGAAUAUCCUCCAGCCACAGUUGCCAAUACCCCUGCUGCCACACAACAGUCAUUGGCCACUAUCACUGAGACUAGUAGUGAGGAUGACUUUGGGCCAGGGGGACCACCACAACCAACAGCUACUGAGUCCACUGCAGGCCAAGGAUCAGAUGGUGUUCUAACUUCAACUGCCCCGCCCCCUUAUCAGAAAAAGCUCUACCAUACCCCACAGCAGUUGGCACUGAUCCUGCCUACCCUCCCCCUCUCCAAGGAGUGUGCAUGGAAGAUGUCGGUGUAUUUGGACUACAACGCGACGUGUCCGCUGGCUCCCGAGGUGCUGGAGGCCAUUACUACUGCCCUCAGAGACGGUUGGGCCAACCCUAACAGCAGUCACACUGCUGGCAAGUUGGCUCGAGGCUUCAUCGACAAAGCUCGCGAGCAAGUGGCCAGAAUGAUAAACUGUCAGGCAGAAGAUAUUUUGUUUACCUCUGGAGGGACAGAGAGCAAUAACAUGGUUCUCACUUCUGCCCUCCGUUUCUGGGGGAACAAGGAGGGAAAGGGGAAACCCCACAUAAUUACCAGUAAUCUGGAACACGACUCAGUUGCCAAGUGCCUAGAGAGACUAGAAAAAGAUGGUCAGGCAGAGGUGUCGGUGGUAGGAGCCAGUGGAGAGAAUGGAGCUGUGAGAGUGGGGGGUGUCGUGGCAGCCAUUAAACCUUCCACUGUACUCAUCUCUAUCAUGUUGGCCCAGAAUGAAACUGGAGUGCUGCAGCCCGUCAGGGAACUGGUGAAGGCUGUCAGGGAGUUUGAGGCGUCCACAGAGAGAAGACAGAGAAUUUUCAUUCACACCGACGCAGCUCAGGCAUUGGGUAAGGUGAAGGUGGACGUAGAAGAAAUGGAGGUGGACUAUCUGACUAUUGUUGGACACAAGUUCUACGGACCUCGCGUGGGGGCCUUGUAUUGCAGGGGUCUCGGGGGGAAUUUGAGGGGUGACCCCUCGUUAAGGGGGGCUCCGCUGACCCCCCUACUCUGGGGAGGGGGGCAGGAGAGGGGACUGCGAUCAGGAACAGAGAACACUGGAAUGAUUGCGGGACUUGGGAAGGCAUGUGAGCUGGUUGCAGUUAAUGUGGACAGUUAUCAUGAUCAUAUGCAGACUGUUAGGAAUUACCUGGAGCAGAAGUUGGAGGAAACAUUUGGUGAGAAUGUUUGUUUCAAUUGCUGCCAUGGCAACACCAGCGAGCGACUUCCAAACACCAGUAACUUCUCUCUGGUUGGCAAGGCAAUGAUAGGUCCACGUGUAAUGGCUGCUCUAAAGAAAACCCAAGUCAGUGUCGGUGCAGCUUGCCACUCUCCCUCAGAGGACAGACCUUCUCCAAUAUUGCUGGGAUCUGGAGUGACACGAGGCAUGGCAGUGAAUGCCCUGAGGGUGAGUGUGGGGAGAGACACCACCACCUCUGAUAUUGACACCUUCAUCUCUGACCUCGUUGGUGCACGGGAGGCCAUCCUAGGAGAUCAUGUGACUUCCCACCACAACUGACCAAUCAGAUCACUGCAGUCAUAGCAUUGAUAGAGGAA